CAAUUAAAACCCUAAACCACGCCGGCCAAACCCCAACGCCGUCGUCUUCUUUCUUCUAGCAAAAUCAAAUCACGUGCAAUGCCCUCCGCCACCGCCGAACCGCCGCCGCCGCCGUUAAACGACGCGCAGCUCGUCUCCACCAUCACCAGUCUCCUCCAGAAAGGCUUUACCUCCGCCGCCCUCUCUCGCUACCUCCCCCACCUGAACAAGCCAAUCAUCCACUCCGUCCUCUCCUCCCCGGCCCUCCGCCGCCACCCCAACGCCGUCGUCUCCUUCCUCAAUUGGGCUCAGACUCACUCCAAUUUCAAUUCCUUAAUCCCUCUACCCCUCCCCGCCCUCCUCGCCGUCCUCUCUUCCCUCAUCUCCCACCAUAAAUUCAGCGAUGCCAGAAACAUACUACAAUCCCAAAUUCGAUCGGAACACCCCAACCACCACCUCCACCGCUACCUCCUCCACCCAGCGCCUCCGCUGCCGCUGCCGACGAAUGCUCUUAUGAACACGUGUAUCGCCGCCUACUGCCGGUCCGGAUUGCCCCACCACGCCGUCCAGAUUUUCAAAAAAAUGAAGCGCCAUAAGAUUCUCCCCAAUUUGCUGAUUCUCAACAUUUUGCUGAGUUCGUUGGUAAGGAAAUACCCUUCUUCUCACUCUACACGUUUUUGCAGAGAAUUAUUCGCUGAUGCAAUUAAGCUUGGUGUUCCUCCCACUGUAGUUACUUGUAACAUUUUGAUUAGUGGAUACUGUUUAGAAUUUAAGCUUAAGGAAGCCAUGGAGUUUUUGAGAAAAAUGGAGGAUGAGUACAAAUGUAAGCCUGAUAAUGUGAGUUACAACACAAUAUUGGAUGCAUUGUGUAAGAAGGGGAGGUUGCUCGACAUUAGAGAAUUGUUGAUCGAAAUGAAGGGGAAGGGACUUUUUCCGAAUAAGAAUACGUAUAAUAUUUUGGUUGAUGGUUAUUGUAAGAUGGGGUUUUUGAAGGAUGCUGCUAACAUUAUCGAAUUGAUGACUCGUGAUAAUUUGUUGCCGGAUGUUUGGACAUAUAAUACGCUGAUUAACGGGUUCUGUAAUGCGAAGAGGAUCGAUGAGGCAAAUAGGGUGAGGAUUGAGAUGGAGGAGUUGAAGAUAUCGCCUGACGUGAUUACGUACAACACUUUGGUGAAUGGUUACUUUGAAGCUCGAAUAAGUUCAGAGGCGCUCAAAUUGGUCGAUGAAAUGAAGGAGAAAGGAGUGGAACCGAACGAGGUUACAUACAACAUCUUGAUCAAGUGGUAUUGCAAAGAAGGGAGGAUGAACGAAGCGUGUGAGAUCGUUACGAGGAUGGAAGAAGCAGGAAAUUCUCCGAGUUGUGUCACCUACAAUACGUUGAUAAGUGGGUUUUGUAAAUCGGGCGAUUUGGCGAAGGCUUUUAAAACGAUGGCUCAGAUGGGUAGCAAAGGUUUGAAAAUGGAUACGGUGACGCUUAACACUGCUCUACGGAAUCUAUGUCAGGAGAAAAAGCUUGCGGACGCGUAUGAGUUGCUGACUUCUGCGAAUAAGAGAGGCUACAUUUUGGAUGAAGUAAGUUAUGGUACGGUUAUGGUCGGGUAUUUAAAAGAAGAAAAUGCAGGCCGAGCUAUGAAGAUUUGGGAUGAAAUGAAAGAAAGAGAGGUAGUUCCUAGUGUUGUCACGUAUAACUCAAUGAUUUCCGGACUUUGCAAGCUGCGUAGGACGGAAGAAGCAAUCGACAAGUUGAAUGAGCUUUUAGAGAACGGGUUAGUUCCCGACGAGACCACUUACAACACCAUUAUACACGGCUAUUGUUGGGAGGGGAAUUUGGAUAAAGCAUUUCAGUUUCAUAACCAAAUGGUUGAAAAGUCGUUCAAACCUGAUACCUACACUUGCAACAUUCUUCUUCGAGGCUUGUGCAAGGAAGGGAUGCUUGAAAAAGCUAUGAAACUCUUCGAUUCAUGGGUUUCAAGAGGGAAAAGUCUUGAUACGGUGACGUACAAUACAUUAAUCGCGGCUUUGUGUAAAGAGAAGAGGCUGGAGGAAGCUUUGGCUCUUGUUACUGAAAUGGAAGAAAAGAAAUUGGGUCCCGAUAAUUAUACAUUCAAUGCCAUUCUUGGUGCUCUUAAUGAUGCCGGGAGAACUCAGGAAGCUGACGAGCUUUUAUCUAAAAUGUUAGAGAGUGGUAAAGUAAGUCGAUUUUUAAAGAAGAUUGAUGAUGACCAAAACAUUGCUUCUAAUCCUUCUGAGGAGUCGGAAUCGAGUUCCACUAAAUCUGUACAAAUCAAUCAGCUUUGUGCUGAGGGAAGGUACAAAGAUGCCAUGCUUAUCUUUUUCGAACAUACGGAGAAGGGUCUUGCUUUGGAUAAGUCCUCGUACAUUAAUUUGAUGAAUGGGCUCAUAAAGAGAAGGAAAAGUAUUGUGAAUCGAGGGGUGUAAAUCUUUGGACACAGUUGUUGCAGCUGAACGGCUUGCAUUGGCCAUCCCAGCACUAGAAAGAUGCCUUGAUGCUCGAAAAAGCUUGCUUCAUGUUGAUCGCAUUCAGCUAGAAGUGUUUUGUUGCUGCCUCUAUGAGGCUUCCAAAAUGCAGCGAAUGGACUUUUCCUUCCAAAACCAACACUUCUUGGGCUAUGGCUGAAAUUGACAUUGCCAAAUAUCUGUUACACAAAUUCAGUAAGGUAGCUCAACAAUCCCUUACUCGUUCCCCAAUCGUGCACCCGGGAAAACAAGGAAAGGGGCUCGAUCAGCAAUGCUUAUACUAGUAAGGGAGACAGCCGCUCGUUUACAAUGCAUUUCUAUCUACAAGAAGCAGACGAUGAUUCAAUAUCUGAGGCGCCCCAAAUAGAGUCGAGUGUCUUUCAUUGUUAAAGCUGUUUUGGGAGUUGAUGAGUAAGGGCAUCAGCUCAUGUCGACAGAAAAGACUACGCCAGAAGAGAUAAAGGAUGAAAUCCGGCGCAAGUUAUCGAUUGAGAGAAAGGUAUGAAUUUUUUUAAAUACAGAGCAUAGAAGAGGAAAUUAGGCAGGUCGUCUUCUCUUGAAAUUUUAGUUGAACAAACAAGAAUCUCAAGUUUGUGAUGUGUUGGUAUUAUUCAUGUCACAACCACAUAAGAAUCUUAGGCGGCUGUAUCGAAUAUAGAGCUUAUUGGAUUUUAGAGAAAUCUUUUAAUAA